AACUUCCCUGAUUUAAUUCACCUGUUUCUAUCUUUACAUGCUAAGCAUUAAUUACAGGUGAUCAUGUUCACCUGCCUAGUCACCUGUGACAGGAGGCAGUCUUCAUGUGUUCUCUUCAGCCACAUACCUCCUGAAGUCUCUAAUCACAAGUAAUUGUUUUAUGGGUGUUUCGUUUUUCUGUGAAAGACUGCCUUCUGUUCAGUACUUGUGGAGUAGUUACAGGUAACUAUAUUCUUACCUGCACAGUUAAGCUCUGAUUACAGGUAAUUAUUUUGCAUGUGCAGUGAGAGCUCGUGUAUGACACAGCAAGACUGGAUUGAAUAAGUAACAUGGAUGUAAGGGCCUCAUGGAUUUAAAUACAGUUUCUGGUGGGCAAAUUCAACCCUUAGUUAAAUAGAACCUAUUUUUGGAACGUGGUAGUUGUAACCUUACAGGUGCGUGUAGGUAAACAUACAACCAAGGAAUGGACGUAAUACCUGGAGCUAAUAUCAGGUGAUCUAAAAGGUUAUUAGCCUCAUUGUUUUGUUACCUGAAAAAUAUGACACUGAAAAGCUGCCUCGAAGGAAAAAGUAAGUGACCUGGUAAAGGAAGAAGGAAAAUCUUCAGAACAGUUAAAGUUAUUUGUAUGAAAAGAAAAAAAAACAGUGACUUUUAAGAACUUUAGUGGAAUAUGUUGUUGAGAAGAAAACUAUAUUCAUAUACCUGGUAAGAAAUGUGACAUUACGUGAUAGCAGGAACGUCAUUACCUGACAGGGGAAUUGACCAUUACCUGGGGGAAACCAGGUGUGAAUUUACCUGUUAAUGUGUGUAUGUAUAUAUACAUUUGACUGAGUUGAAAGGAUGUGAUGUUAAAAGCACUGUGAUAUAUACCUGAGCAGGACAGGUGAGAAAAAUACAGUUUGCAGGUAAACAGUUUAAGGCUGUGGAAGAACAUUUUACUUUGUGUGGCAGUAUUUUGGUCACUAUUCAGUACCAUUGUGAUCUGAGACACGAUUUUCUCCAUGUGAGGUCAGACUGUCGUUUUACCUGGGUGAGAACACGUCGUAUUGAAUAGGUACAGCUGAAUCUGCCACUGUACGGAAAUGUUACGUGUUUUGUGUUGUCCAAGCCUACAGCGAAUAGGCUGCUCGUUCGGCAAGCAUUGUUACAUUAUGUUGAAUUGCUCCAGGAUUUUUGAUGUCAAUAAGAAGAUUUGAGGCGAAUGACAUCAUAUCACAGUACACACUCUUUCUACUAUGGAUACCAGUAUUGAAUAAUGCAUAUACAUUGAGAUAACUCCCCAGAGAAACUUAGUGUACAGGUGGAGUGUGUGUUCAGGUGAAACUUCACAAGGUUUAUCUUCAGUGUGUAUUCAAGGAUUGGAGGAUUGACGUGAACAGAAUUGUGUUAAUAUAACUGACAAGAGGAUUCAAUGAAAAUCAGGUGUGGUUGUAAUGUAGGAAAGAUCGUUUACCUGAACAUUUACAGCUGACCUAAAAAUUUACAGCUGACCUGUGAUCAGAAGUAGGAUUUGGCUGUCUCCAGGAUGUAAUGAAGUGGAUCAUUUAUGAUUUCUGAAAGGAUAUUGUGAUUUCCAAUAUUGGAGGAUUGUAGGAAUUAAACUUGACCUGACUCUGAAACUUUCUGAUGUGGAUCAUUCACAAUCUGUGAUAUCACUGUGAUUUCCAGACUGCUGGACUAUCAGGAUUUUAGCUUAAUUGCUCCACAGUCUAGUUAUCUGAAUGGUUUACAACCCCUGAUAUCACUGUGAUUUCCAGACUGCUGGACUGUCAGGAUUUUAGCUUAAUUGCUCCACAGCCUAGUUACCUGAAUGGUUUACAACCCCUGAUAUCACUGUGAUUUCCAUACUGCUGGACUGUCAGGAUUUUAGCUUAAUUGAUCCGCAGCCUAGGUAUCUGAAUGGUUUACAACCCCUGAUAUGACUGUGAUUUCCAGACUGCUGGACUGUCAGGAUUUUAGCUUAAUUGCUCCGCAGCCUAGUUACCUGAAUGGUUUACAACCCCUGAUAUCACUGUGAUUUCCAGACUGCUGGACUCAGGAUUUUAGCUUAAUUGCUCCGCAGCCUAGUUACCUGAAUGGUUUACAACCCUUGAUAUCACUGUGAUUUCCAGACUGCUGGACUGUCAGGAUUUUAGCUUAAUUGCUCCGCAGUCUAGUUACCUGAAUGGUUUACAACCCCUGAUAUCACUGUGAUUUCCAGACUGCUGGACUGUCAGGAUUUUAGCUUAAUUGCUCCGCAGCCUAGUUACCUGAAUGGUUUACAACCCCUGAUAUCACUGUGAUUUCCAGACUACUGGACUGUCAGGAUUUUUACUGAAAUAGAUCAUUUAUGAUCUCUUAAGUCACUCGCUUCAGAAUUGCUGGACAAUCAGGAUUAUAGCUGGUUCCGUCAUUCCCAGCUCGGUCACUGUGAUACCAAACGGUCUGACAUUCAGCAUUUUACAGUGUAGCUUGCUCUGGCACCUACAUCUCGACCAUCAACGAUCUAAAGGACAUAGUUUAAGGAUCAAAAUUUAUCUCAGUCGGACGUUUAUAAUUUAUAAUCCACAUGAUGUGUGUGAUUUGCAUCAAAUAGCUCAGGGAUAGAGGCUACCUGUAUCAACAGUACUUACCUGGAGGCAGAACCAUUGAUUUUGAUUUGUUUACAUACCAUUUAUGUUCAUGGAAACAACUCAAGCCAAUUCCAAACAAGCCUUGGGUUACCAGCAAAGCCACCCAGGACUCAGGGGUUGGUACACACUGGUUGAGUCUGCUUCCAACAAAAUGUGGGCUCGGUUACAAAAUUAGAAUAAAAAAAAUUGGGACAAGGAAUUUUGCUACAUGUAGCUUGGAUUGGUUUGAGCCUGUAAGUUAUGGUGUUUGGAUCACAGAAAGUUUUGGUUGUCUUUGAACAAGAAUGAGCUACGUGAAGACGGAUUCAUUAUCUGAUCAGCUGGAUGAAUUAGCAGUCCUAUGUUCGGAGCGAGUGACACAGAUGACCAAGACGUUUAAUGACAUUGAAGCGGUGAACAGGCUGCUAGAAGAGAAAGAAAGAGAUCUUGAACUUGCUGCCCGAAUUGGUCAAACUUUACUUGAGAAAAACAAACAGCUUUGUGGGAAGAAUGAGGAGUUGGAAGAACAGCUGGCUGUCGCUAAUGACAAGGUCAACCAGCUGAGGCAUGAUAUAUCUAUGAAGGAUGAGCUUCUGCGAUUCUACUGUCAGGACUUGGAGAAUGCCGAGACGGAAUCUUCCGAUGGAUCGCCGGCUAAGCCCUUCAACCUGUCCUCUGUGGACUUGGAUGCCUUACAGAAGAGGGUUCUCUCCCUUGAGGAAGACAAUCUGGGGUUACGAUUGGAGGCCAUUCAGCUGAAGUCUAACACAGAAACAUAUGAGGAGAAGGAGCAGAAACUGGUCACAGACUGUGUGGAACAGCUGAACCAGGUGCACGAACAGCUGGAGGGUUUGUCCAAUGAGCUGAUCAAAAAAGCUGAGGAGAACAUGAGGCAGAAGGAGGAAAUCACCACGCUGCUGGCACAAAUUGUGGACCAACAGAAGAAGAGCAAGACGCAAACCAUAGAGAACAUGGAACUGUCCAAACACCUGGAGGCCGCCCAGAGUUCUCAGAGGAGUCUGACCAGAGAGCUUGCUGACCUCCAGGAUCGUUAUGAUGAGCUGUUUGAACUGUUGGAGGAAGCGCAAGACGAGUUAAAACUGCUGCGCAGCAAAGACAAGCCCCGCGCUGUGCGCUCUCACUACAUGUCCACGCCCUACCUCCCCACUGACUCCCUGGCUUCCGAACUUCAGUCUUCCCUCAAAGGAGAGCUUGACUUUGCUAAAGGCUUGUCUUCUCUUGACAGAAGGAUGCAUAAUUGGAAGAUCUUUGAGACGGCCAGAGCGGCGAAGCGUGCCUCUGAACGGCGAGCGACCAGUCGGAACUCUUUACUUGUUCCAGGUUCCCAUAGCAGCCGAGGCUGUGAGAGUGUGGAGUCUGCUCCAUCGUCUGUCCGAAGCUCCCUCUAUCUCUCAGACGGAGAGUCGGCUAUGAGCGAUGGUUACAGUGCUGAUAUGGACAGCUCUCAUGGUUCUGUCACUAACCUUGGCCGGCCUGGGAUACCCGGCUCAAACGACCUUGAAUCUGCGCUCAGGAAGCUCGCUAUGCGCAGAGCAAACGAGCUCAAUGAGAAAGACUUUUUCGAGCAACAAAAAUUGCAGCAAGAGCUUGGUAGUCGCGAGAGAAGCUCUUCCAGCGAAUCCCAAAGUUUGAGGUUUGAGAGAGAGGGCGCCACCAGCAUGACCCCACCAUUCCAGUGCUGGACCCCGGAUAGCCUGAUGUCCGCAGGAAGCACCUCUGGGAUAUCUGGAUACUCCAACAUGUCUGCCAACAGCCAGUACAAGCUGCCAGAGAAACUCCAGAUUGUCAAGCCAAUGGAAGGUUCUGUGACAUUGAAGAGGUGGCAGAUGUUAGCCACACCCCAUAUGGGCGGGAUCUUUGAGGAGCGGCCAGGUGUGGUGACAAAAGGUCAGAAGAAACUGGACGUAGAUGAAGAGACCUACAACCUGAGUGACCUUGAGGAAGAUGAUGACAUGACGUCCUGUCCCAGUAAAAGGAUCAACGACACUGGCUCGGUCUACACAUACACCAAUUCCACAGCUGCCCAUUCUGUAGACAACACAGAGAUGACACCUAGCGCUGCAACUGCCAGGAUGUCAGCCAUUCCCGGAUCUGCACAAUCCAAUGCUCUCCGGGAGAGGCGCCCCACCAACUACACCAUGUCACUAGGACUGGCAGCAAUCUUAAACGAAAGAGGUCUGAACUCCAAGCCUGAUCAGGGCAUCGGGUUGAGGAUAAACUCCGCCCCUUUGAAGCCUUUGCCAACGGACAUGGCUGAUUCCAGUUACGAAUCCAUGACAACAUCCGCUACAAACUCUUGUGUCACAGCUCCAGACGAAGCGUCCAAAUCUAACAGUGUGGGUGAAACGUCCAUGAAACUUGCCAUGAAGGAGGGCGAAUCAGGGAAGAGCUUUAUACAAAGACUCAAAAAUAAGAGUCGAAGUUUGUACAAUAUUUGGAACACGAAUCCAGGGCACUCAGACUUGAAUGUGUCAUCGUCCGUGGAUGGUCCAGCACUAACCAAAGCAACGUCGGAAUCAGGCAUUGCUACGACGGCAACACAGUCUGGAGAAGCCUGUAAGGUCGUUAGUUCUCCGUCAGAAUCUCAGGAGGGAGCUGCUGCGCGAAAACAAAACAAAUCAAACGUCCUUCGAGAAAAUCCUGGGAUAGGCGUGUUAGGAGCUUUGACAAACUUUAGGAAAAGCGGCCUUUUGUAGCGCAGCGCAGUUUCUGCGGUUUCUGUGAGCGGACCAGGUACAGUGUGCUGGUUACAGUAGUGGAGGCCAUAGCCUCAUCAGAAAAGACCCGUUAUGCAAAUUAGUCAGCCUAUCAGCCAAUCAACUUUGGGCUUCAGGGAUCCCCCUUGAUGUGCUGUGGAGAAAAGCUUUCAUUGCUGUGCUGUGUGCAUUUGUAGCCUACGGACUCCCAAAAUAGUUUUUUGAAACUCGAUUGUACAUUAUCCUGUAUAUAUACAGUCCAUAAUUAUUACUCUGUAUAUAGGGACCCUUUUCUAUUUAAGCAGAAAAAUAUGUGUAGAUACAAGUGUGAUUUAUCAUGUGCGGCACUGUGUGAUAUUCAGACGUAAGUGCCGGGCACUUAGUGAUGUGCCAAACUACAACACAGCGUAAUAAUCAUGUGACAGUGUACUACAUAAUAGGCAAGAUGCUGGUUUUUCUAUACCCCGAUAAAGAUGUCUUUUACUCCAGAAAUAUUUUAAAUUGAAAUUGACCUAGCUCAGUGUGUAAAAGUGUACCAUGGCUUAUAUACAUAGCAAAUUUGCAUAUGCAUAGCAAAAUUAGAAAUGUAAAAAAUAGUUGCAUUUUGCAGAAAGUUUUGUUUUUGCCUUUUCUGUAUGAUUAGCUGGGUCAGGAAUUUAACAUAAGUUCGACCGUUUAAUCUAAUAAUUUAGUUUAAUAUUUUUCAGAAAGGUUUAAAUUUUGAAUACUGUCCUCUAUAAAUCAUACAAACCAGGUAAAUGACAAGUGGAGAAGUACAACUGCAAAAACUAGAUGACAGUAAGUAAUUUUCAAAAGGCCAAAUUUUACAACAGAAAUCUGCAAAGACUGAAAUUAUGACUGCAAAAAGAUCAGGAAAAUAAUACAUAAUGAUUCCAAGAUCUCUUUGAAAAGAGAGAAUAAAUUAUUGUAAUGAUUUAAAGUUUAAGAUUUAGGCCAGUACUGUGGCCAGUACAUGAUGGUUCUUCAUCAUUUGUUUUAUUUGUAUUUGAGAUCUUUUGAAAACUUUCGUUUUAGGUUUUUCCAAUUUUCGGCAUAAUUCCAAUCUUUGCAGAUGGUUUUCCUUUUGGUGUAUUCCGAAUUUUAUGGAAUUAACUCAAACUGAUCCAAGAAAUUUUUGAUGAAGAGGCAUUUUCUAUUUCCUAUUUAGUUGCAAAUCUUGUCAUUUUUUGUAGUUUGUCAUCCUCUUUGUGACACAGGGCUUUUGCCUAGUUUCUAGGACACAGCAAACCAAUAUUUACAUGACCCUUAACUUUCAGCCUUAAAUUUUAGCAGUUUUUUAUGACAGCAUGAAAAUAAUACACCAUGUCACUGAUAUAAGUGGAUCUGAAUUUUGUGAAAAAUCCUUUUUAAAUCUUUUUUUUUUUUUUUAACAAAAAAUUAACAACAACGUUGUAAAGAACUCUAGCACAAACUUUGUUAUACUAUGCAAUUUUGUAAGAUUUGCUGGUGUUUUUAUUAAAGUUUAUUAAGAGAUUUUAAACCUCUGACUACUGCAUCUAUCAUCUGUACAGAUAGUGAAGUUCACAGUAAUAGUGUGACUCCUCUCAAACACUAGUUUAAUUAAAACGGAAAAUAUUGACUUUGAAAUGUUUUAAAUCCAGCUAUCUCAAAUCAUGUAACCCUGAAUUACCAGAUUUACUGAAUGAUGUGCUAUAAGAGUAGGAUUUUUACCACUGAUGUUGUCCGAAAGCCUUUUAAAGUAUGAAAAGGAGACAUAUUUUUGUUGCCUUUUUUUUUUUUUUUUUUUUUUUCAUGAAAUCAUCUGGUCACUGUGCCUUUGAUAUCGUUUUAUGUAUUUACUAGCUGAACAGGUAACCUUGAGAAAAGAGAGCCCAGAAAGUGGCAUUUUCUUGAAACUCUUUGUACCAAGCCUCUCAGCAUCAUUUCUACUGUAGCUACCCCAAUGGUGAAUUGAUCUGCCGACUGUUUACAUUCUGUUGAAAUCUUUAUCAUUAUUUUCCAUCCACUCAGAAACAACUUCCUGUUUCUCUUCAUGGCAAGACUGCAUCAAAAGUGCAAAUUGGCUGCGUUUAAAAGUUGCUUUGAAGCCUCUCAGUGCUGAUUUAUCUAUUUCUAGUCCUAUUACUUGUUUGGUAUUUUUAAGUCGCUAUUGCUAGUCGUAAUGAAAGGAAGGAGUUGUUUCAGCCAUAAAAUUAAGCCAGAUUGACAUCCACAAAGAACAAGUUGAUGGUGAUCACACUAGCAACAAAUGUUGGAAGAGACACAUGUGGCCACAGGUCUUAGAAUGCUCAGGAAGACUGAGGUGUACACGUUUUUUUUUUCGUUUUUUUUUUUCGUAUUUUCUGCAGUGGAAAAGCAAGUUUCAGUUUUAAUUCUUUGGACAGGUCCAAGAACCAAGUGCCUCCUGUUAAUGGUGUGAACGAAUCUUUAUUGGACCGUGUAGACGAUGUGAUUUGACGCAGACUGUAGAGGCAUUUCAUUCAUUCGUUUAGGCAGAGAUGAAGUUAGCCACCUCAGUGUAACUGUCUGAUGUGACUUUAUUAUUAUUAUUAUUAUUAUUAUGAAAGAACUGGGGAUAUUUAGAUUGUUUUAUACAAAGACAAGUGUAAAUAAAAGCUUCUAGCUGGGUAUGUGUGUGUUUUCGCGAAGCCUGUAGAUUGUAGAUGUGUGUAUAUAUACGGGAAGCUAUUUCCCGCAGGAUGUGUGUGUGUUUUUUUUAAAGAAAUAAAUUAUGAUGUUGACA